UCAGUUGUUUACAUUGAUAAACCUGCUUGUGUUUAUCAUUUAUAAUUACUUUAAAUAUGGUUUAAAAAAGAGGUAAUUUGUGAGUGUGUUCAAUAUUUGGAUAAAAGUGUUUAUUAAAUGAUUACAAAUAAGUGUUUUAAGCGAAACAGAACAAUAAAGGCGAUUUAACUUAAACAAGGAAGUAAUUUGCUUCUAAAUACAAUGCAGGGAUACAUGUACUUGAAUGACGAUGUAGUGAUGACUAUGAACCAAUAGAUCGACCCAAAACAAUAACUCAAAUUAACUCUCGCAUAAAAGAACGUUUUGGUUUAACUCAAUAUAUGUUGAACCUUCAUAAUCAUAUGACAUGGCAUCAAAGCAGAUUCAGUGUGAAAUGUGCGGUAAUGAAAAUGCAGUUGGAUAUUGCAAAAGUUGCGGAUACGUUGGUGAAACUUGUGCAGAUAUUCACAAGACAGUAAAUGUUUUUCAAACGCAUACUGUCAUUAUGCACGAGGCUGUUAAAAUGCAUGAGGAUGGUACAGAAAAUCCAAAUGAUAUAUUGCGGGACAUCACAGAAGAAAGAUGUAAGCAGCAUCUGACAGAAAAGGCGAUAUUUCUUUGUAAAAUUCAUGAUUCCACGAUUUGUGGCCGAUGUCUUCAUUCGGAACAUCGUUCUUGCGUAGAAGAAGUCGUUGACUUGUUGCAUGAAGUAGUUAACAUUGACUGCGAGAAAGUCAACACAAUGAAGUCAUUAUUGAUGGAAAUAAAAAAUGAGAUUCUGCUUUUGAAAAAUGAAGCAGAACACAGUAAGGAGAAUUGCAAUAAAAACGCUGAUAAAUGUGUGCAAGAAUGUAUGGGACUUGGAAAUAAAAUUAAACAACGUGUAGAUGAAUUGACAAGUGGCACUAGAAACGGAAUAACGAAGAAACAUAACGAAAACUUGACCACUCAUUCGCAUAUCACUAAAAUGUGUGAUGAGAAAACCAAGUGGUGUCAUGAUGCAGAAAGUAAAAUUGAUAGUUUUGUUGAUAAAAAUAUGGCUGGACACCUGUAUCUAAUGAACAGACAUUUUGAGAAAGAGGUUUCGGACGUCAGAUCCCACCUUAAAGAAUUCAAACACAAACAUACUUUUAAAGAGUUUGGCUUUAAGGAAAACAAUGUUAUACUAGAAUGCCUGUUUCAGGAUUUGGAGGAGGUUUGUGAACAACAAGAAGAAGUUAAUGGGAGCGACGAUGGAAAUGCGAACGAUGUUGUCGCAUCCACCACAAAAAUUAACAAGACUCGGCGGGAGCUCACCUUACUGUUAAGUCAAGUCAAGCAAGAUUUAGAUCAGUCAGAAAAGGCAAGGAAUGCACUUUGUGAUGAGCUGAAACAAGUGAAACAAGACAAAGAUAAUUCAGAAAAGAAAAGACAGAUACUCGAACAAGAAAUACUGAAAGCGAAACAGGGCAUAGAGGAAUUUGAAAAGACAAGGAAGGGGUUUGAACAAGAGUUACUGAAGGCGAAACAGUGUAUAGAGAAAUAUGAAAAGGAAAAAACAGUAUUCAAGGAACAAAUUCAACACCUGAAAGACAACAUUAAGUGGACUCAACCAACUGGAACAGUUGAAGUAAAGAACAGCAACGAUAUACUCGGUGAUCCUUCAAUCGAGUUGAGUUUUACAUUCCCGGAUGGCAUUCAGACGACGCACCAUCCGUCCCCGGGAAAACCGUAUAAAGACGGCACGUUCACAGGAAGUUUGUUUCUCAACUCUGAGGGCGAGCUGCUAUGUAGGAUGUUAAAGGCGGCGUUUAGGAGAGGGGCGAUGUUCAUCUUGGGGAAGGAAGGAAAAGUUGUCAUGGAUGGCGUCUCAUUAUAUAAUGGAUCAGUGGGCUAUUUCGGUGGGAGUAUAAGAUCGAUAUACCGUAGAUACACAAAUACAUUGAAAGCGGAGCUGUCAGCCAAAGGUAUCACAGAGGCGAAUAUAGACCAGACGGAGGAGCUAUACGAGACCUUGACUGUUGAUGGUCGGUAACUUGCAUUAGUGUUGUGUUGUCGAAACACCCACUCCAAAUGAUAAUGUCAUAUAUUAAAGACAAUACAUGUGGGUAUUGUAUAUAUAAUGUUUGUAACAUGGCAUGCCAAUCUGGAAUCUUUCUCCCUACCAUCGAGUUCGUUUUAAUGACUUUUUUUAACUUAGUUUGAAAUGAUCGUAUAUUAAUGGUUAAACUGAAAUCUUCGUAACGACAUUGGGUUGUUUCAAUGCAAACCAUGAAUUAUUUUGUCCAGUUUACUUAGGAUAGUUUUAUUAUCUUGAAAUCAUUAUAAAUAUUAAUUACUUUAUCGAAAUGGAAACCUUUAUGGAACAUAAUCAUGUGUAUUAUAAAAAUUAUAUAAUAUUCUAGAUAUUGAAUAAAUUCAAUAUAUAUGUAUAAUUGUGCUUUUGCAAUUUGCAUGUAAAUUAUUUCUUUAUAAAGUGUAUGAAAAAUAUUAGAUCUGGAUACAUUUUUUGUCAUUGAUAAUUUUGUAUAAAAAGCUUUAUCGUUAUAAUUCAAAGUCGCAAUAUUGAUGUAGUAGCUUGGUUUACAAAUAAUUUUGCAGUUUUCAUGUGCUAUUCAUUGUCAUGAUCGGUAUUGUGCAUAUACUUUUGUUUUAAUUUGGUAAAUGUAGUUCAUCAAAUACGGUUUGUAAUUUCAGGACUACGCUUUCUCGUUAGCGAAUUUGUAGACAUGGUCAAAACAAAGGCUAACGUAGAACAUUUACUAUCGUCAGUCUGUUGUCCGUGGUCGUCUGUUAUGAAUAUCAUUUUUCUCAAAGAUUUCCUGUUAAAAUAAUUAAGCGUGUUGUAAAGGAUAUUUUAAUGAGUUACUCAGACUUGGAACAGAACAUGUUGUUGUUACCGAGCUUACAAAUUACUACGUUUGAUGAUUGUUUUAUUUGUCGGUACUACACGCUAAGAGUUUAAAUUUUCCAUACGGAGAUCAAUAGAAGCAAUAUUUUGGAGUAUUUUAUUGGAUAAAGUAGAACAUGCAUUAACUGUGCGUACAAUGUUAAUCAUAUUAUAUCAGCAAUUCUUGAUGACAUUUUGUUCAUACAAUAUUUUUUCAGAAAUACCUAUAAUUAACAAAAUGUGGAAAACUGAUAGCGCAUAUCUGUACAUUUCACAAAAAUGCCUUUCCGGUUUUCACGAAUUCGUUUUUAAGUUGUCCACUAAUCAUUUAUUCCCAUUGUAGUAUGUGUACCACAAUACAUUAUGUAAAUAAACAAUCUCUUCCCCAUGAUUUGUAAUAUGUUUGGUUGUUAUUGUGUUGUUUUUGAUUGUUUUGUUCGCUAAUAGUUGUUAUUUGAAAAAGCCUUAUAUAAUCGUAUGCAUUUAAAACGAAAUAGUUGUACAUGCGCUAUGUGCGCGUUUAUUGUAAUAUUUUCAUUUUAAUAUUUAUUGAUGCUCACAAUCAUGACUAACAAUACUAUGGUAUUUACCCGUGUAGAAGAUUUGAAUAAACACAACAUCACAGGCAUGUGUACAAUUUCAUGUUUACAUAUAUAUCUUAGUGUAAAGGCAUGGAACUUAAGCAUCUGUAUUAUGGUCGGUGAGAGCAAGGGGUAACUUUGCGUUUAAGCCAAAUUUUAUAUGCUCGACCAGAAAGAUCUCAAAUGUCUUCUAUUAGUUUGCUAAAUUAAAAGUAGUACUCUUGUGCAGAAGGUUGUGGUUCUAUGCCCGACCGAGUCAUCCAAAAGCAUUUAACGUUUUUCGCCCCCUUAACUCCAUUAACACGCGCUUGACAAAACAUGAUAUUAUUGGGAUACAUGUUGUUGUUUUUUGUGUGUGUGAGGCUCUGCGUGCAUACAAACGCUUUAAAGCAUAGUGAGCUCGUCUUUAACUAACAAUUUCAAUUCGGUUACCCCAACAUAAAUAAUAAAUGUUUUUGUUUUUGUGUGUAAAUCUUUUAAUACAUGUAUGGUGAAACUGUGUUGUAUGUACGGUUUUUGUACAUCAUGUGGUGUAUUUUGGGCCUAUUUGUUUAACCUUUGGGCCUAUGCGUUUAACCUUAGGGCCUAUGCGUUUAAACGUUAAGACAGUUGUUGCUUAAUUGUUUGAUAACCUUGCUUGACCCUACAGUUCUCAUUGUUUUAUUACAAUUAUACCCAAAGGCAGUUUGUGUUUGGUGCAACCUGCGGUAGUAAUACAGGCAAAAGUGUAGAAUGGUAGGGUUUCAACUGACCUAAUAGCGUUAUUAAAACGAGCAUAAACAGAGCGAUUUAUUGAACGAUGUGUUAUCUAUGUUUCGAAAAUGUAUGUAUUAUUAAAUGCAAUGGAGUUAUAAACAGGUUUGACACUUUUUAACUACGACUACAAAGGAGAGUUCUCUACGUCAUAAUUACUUAUACAUUAGGGUGGUUUAAUGUUAAAUUCAUUUUACCUUUAUACGUUACAUCUUUCUUAAAUUUAUAUGAUUGUGCUACAAUAAACGAAUACGUUAGACAGUACAUAAUAGUAUAUUAUUGCAAGGUAAAUGUAAAUGAAACGGGACUAGUUAUGGUAUUCAGAACGUUCUGCUUUGCAGUUUAAUAUGAUAGGAAUUCAGAAGAAAAACUUAGGUUCAUACAAUUAUUUUUGACAAGUAAGCCAUUGAAUACGAUCUGAUAUUGAAUGGUUCACUAGUCAAUUAGUGUUGUUUUGUGUGUGACCAUUUUAUUUAGUAUAUACAAAUUCAUUUUAGCUCGAUUGUGACGAAAACUAAGCUUAUAGAAUCACUCUCGUGUCCGUUUCCUGGGCAGAAACCAGUACUGUGUCCUUUUUGAGGGGCAAUGAGAAAGUACCCCUGAUGGGGAUCGAACCCACAACCUCUUGGGUGAUAGGAGGACACCUAUACCACUAGACCACUCUCACCUGACCAUUUUAUUUGUUAUCAGGAUUAAGAGAAAUUCGAGCUAAUGCGAUGCUUUGUUGAUGCCUGUGACCGAUGACUGUCCAUUUAUAUGUCAUAUACUAUCUUAUUUAUGCAUGUACAAUUGUGUUGUUCAAGCCGUAUAGUAUAAUGAUAUGGUAUUCAAUGUAUUGUAGCUGUUUUACAAGAUUAUUCCUGAAUUUAGCCAUUGGCAUACUUUGUUUGCAAACAUUUAUGUGAAUUAUGCCUUGUAUUACACAAUAUCAUGUCUGUAUUGUAAGUUAACAUAAUAAUCGGAAAAUAAAUUCGU